AUGCAGUUCAGCUGCGUUUUAGGCAUAGUCCAGCUACUAAAUCACAAUGUUCGCAGCUACGCAUCCGGUAAAAAUCUCUGCUCCGUACUUCACGCUGCCAAGGAUCUACGUUUCGAGGAACGUGAGAUCCCAAAACCCGGCGACGACCAACUGCUAAUCAAGAUGGACAGUGUUGGGAUCUGUGGCACCGACAUCCACUUCUUCAAGCAUUUCGCUAUUGGACCAUUUAAAAUUACACAACCCUAUGUGCUUGGCCAUGAGGGAUCCGGAUAUGUCGUCGAAAUGGGCAAAAAUUUAAUGAGCUCGGAAGACACCACUCUUUCGAAACUUUCUACUCCAGGGGAUCGCGUUACUAUUGAACCCGGCGUAUCGUGCAGAAAAUGUGAACGCUGCAGAACUGGAAACUACCACAUGUGUCUAAACCAGGCUCUGAAGGGACUACCGCCAGAAGAAGGGUUGUUUCGACAGUAUGCAACGCAUGACGCCGACUUUUGCUAUAAGUUUAUAUUUCAAUCCAUAAAUGCUACUUUUCCACGCGAAAUGUUGAAGGAUAAUUCCAGGCUGCCUGAAAACAUGUCAAUGGACGACGGCAGUCUUUUAGAACCAUUAAGUGUCGGAAUUCACGGGGUACGCAAGUCCGGUGCCAAGGCUGGAAGCAAAGUGCUUGUGCUCGGAGCAGGUUACUUUUAA